AUGGAAGAAUCCUGGCGAGACACCAUCAUAACAAGACUUCAUGAAAGAAAUUGCACCCAAACCACCCCCUUUCAGCACAUCAUCCCAGCAUGUAAAUUCUACAUAGAUAUUAAUCUCCAAAAGCAAUAUCGAGAAACAUACACUCAAAAAACUACUUUGGAGCGAGAAAAUUUAGUCAUAAAGAAAACAACAGCGUACUGUUAAAGUAGAGAUCCUUUAAUAAUCGAAGAACUUAAAGAAAACGUCAACAAACUUAAGGCAGAACUGAUGGAUUCUUACAAAAACAAGCAUGAAAAUGUUUCUUCAGUCCUGAUCCUAAAAGAAGAAAAAGAAAAACUAGGCUCAACUUUAGAUUUAACUAACAGAGAACUAGAAGCAUUAAGAACGAGAAUCGAGGAAUGUGAAGAAGAUAUCAAAGAGAAAGAUUUAGCAACAAAGCAGCUGAAAUCUGCAAACGAACUUCUUUUUAAUGAAAAUGACGACUUAAAGCACAAAUUAGAUGAGCAGAUACAAGAAGUCCUAAAAUUAAAACAUGAAAAUCAACAGUUAUUGGAGAGGAUGCUCAAGCUGAAAGAAGACCAAAUCACUCAGAUGAAUGAGCUAAAUGAAUAUUACGAAAGUAUCCUUAGGAGAGAAAAAGCACUUGAAACUUUUAAGCCUGGACCUGAUGUGGACUUAAGCUUCGAAACAAGCUCUGGGAGAGAGCUGGUAAGACCUGUGAGUGUACCUGUAAGAACUUUACACAAAAUUAUGGGUCAUGGAGGAGAAAUUAGUGCGGUUUCUUAUAAUGAUGGAGGAAACCUAAUAGUCACAGCUGGAAGCGAUAAUUUCGUCAAAUUAUGGGAUCCAACAAAAGGACAAGAAAAAAUGUGCCUGCGAGGCAUGCCUAGAGGAGCACUAGAUGCAUCGAUCUCCCCAGGAACCGAAUUAAUUAUGGCAGGAUCUACAGAUAACAAUGCAUAUAUUUGGAACUAUGCAACUGCAAGAGUCAAACACACGCUAACAGGUCAUGCAGGAAAAGUAUGCUCUUCGAUAUUUUUCAAUAAUAAAUUAUCAGCAGUUACUGGUAGCGAAGAUCGAACUAUGAGAAUUUGGGAUGUAGCUAAAGGAUACUGCAGCAAAACAAUUACUGUCUUUUCAAGCUGUCUUGGAGUUUGUCUAAGUCAUGAAGAUAGCAUAAUGGCAUCUGCUCAUAAUGAUGGACAUCUAACUCCCCUUUAAACUGAAACAAAAUAUAGUAAAAUUUCCAUUUUUGGCAUAUUAACUUUUCCUUUUUAAAUUGGAACAAUUUUUUUUUAAUAGAAAAUUUUUAUAGAUAAAAAUGCUAAUUUUUAUGUGAAUAGUUUUGACCUUUUGUAAUAGAAGGACUUAAGAAGAAUACUAUUUAAACCCUUUAAACGCUAAUUAGAUUAAUAUUUUAAUUUGAUUAUUUAUAAAAAUAAAUUAAAUUAAAUUUCAAAAAUAUUGCAUCAAUUUAUAAUUUAUUCAGGAUAUUAAUUUUUUUCCCAAAAAACAAAAUCAAACCCUCUUCAAAUUGGAGCAGAAUUUUUGUUCUAAUUUAAAGAGUAUAAGUAAGAAUAUGGGCAAGCCGAACUGGGGAAAAUAUUCAAGAUCUGCCUUUACAUGAUUUGCCAACAACGCACACUGCAAUCUGUUGGAAUGGUCACUAUGCUGCAACAAGCAGCAAAGACAACACAAUCUCUAUCUUAGAUUUAAGAAUGUUUGAGAAAUUAGUAACAUUGUCUCACCCUGAUUAUCAAAAUAGUGGGAAAUUCUCAAAAAUAUGCUGGAGCUCAGAUAGUAGAUAUAUUGUUGCUGGUGGGCAUAAUGGCUGGGUUUUUAUUUGGGAUAUUAAUUCAGGCAAAGCUGACACAAUAUUAAAAAAUGAGCAUUCAAAUCCUGUGAUCGCUGUAUCUUGGAAGCCAAGAGGGUCUCAAUUUGUAAGCGUUGACUCUGUCGGAGGAAUUGUGGUUUGGGACUAA